AAAGCAAGCAACGGAGCAGCUAGCUAGCCAGCACAUUCAGUUGAGUUAGCUAAGCUAGCUUAGCUCAUAGCACAAUGAAGCUAAGCAACAUGACAGCCUUUUUGUCACUUUUGAUCUUCAUCCUUCUGGUUGCGAUAGAGGCUAGAAAUUUGGUGGGAGUGGAACGGGUAGAGCUGCCAAAUCCUGCAUCUAUGGUAACAGCAUACUGGCAGAAGAUGCUUCCCCACUCUCCAAUGCCAACAGCUAUACUCGAGCUUUUGAACCCUCCUACUGAUGUUAAUCAAGGUGUUCAUGGCAAUGGCUAUGAUCAAGUUUAUGGCAACGGAUAUGACGGCGGCUACAUUAAUGGAUAUAGUCAUUCCUACAGUAAUGGCUAUUCCAAUGGCUAUUUUCACAAGGCAAACCUCCAUUUCCUAGAGGAUGCCUUGAAACCGGGAUCCAUAAUCACUCCCUACAUCACGGGGAUAGCCACGCGUGCUCCCUUUCUUCGCCGGGACAUUGCGGAUUCAAUCCCAGUGAGUACAAAGAACUUUGCCGACAUUCUGGCAAUGUUUUCGCCUAUAUCCCUCGUCAUGGCCGACGGUAUACAAUCGGCGUUGGACACUUGUGAGCACCACCGCCCGAUCAAGGGAGAAGAACGUGCGUGUGCCACGUCUAUCGAGUCGGUGGUUGAGUUCGCUAUGUCUGUGCUCGGAACACGUGACCUCCGUGCCUUCUCCCCCGAUGUCCCCCCAGAGGGGAUCAUGCCAGGAAACAUGUACAAGGUGGUAGCGGUAAGAACAGUCGCGGGCUUAAGGGGGGACACCGUGACGUGCCACACCAUGAGGUUCCCAUUCGCUGUGUUCUACUGCCACGCGAUCAACCCUACCCGAGUGUACGCAGUGGUGCUGGAGAGCGAGGAGGAUGGCAGCGGCAGCGGCAGCGGCACACCGGAGAAGAUGGAGGCGCUCGCCGUGUGCCACCUGGACACGUCACGAUUUGACCCCAAGACUCCAUUGUUCGUCGAGCACAAUCUCAGGCCGGGAGAUGCGUCGGUGUGCCACUUCGUUAGCAGGGACAGCGUGAUCUGGGCACCUGUAGCUGCUGUGAUAACACAUGGAGAUGAACAAGUCUCAAUUGCCGAGUAGAGGCGAAGCACCAAGCAUGCACUCAUCACAAGUGUUUGUAUUAAAUAAAGCUGGUACAUAUGUACGUACCGGUGCUUGCGUAGUACUAUGCAUGCCUUCCACUGCUCUGUUCAUAGUUCUGUUCUGCCUUGUACUUGCUCUAUAUAUGUAUGUUGCUUGUUUCUACAUGAAGGAAAAAUGUACUCUAUUGUAUACUAUGUUAUGCAAGGUUUGAGGAUAUAUAUAUCAUGAAAGGGGAACCAUCUUUUGAUU